AUGACAGAACAACUCCUCGUUGGAAAGACAUGCCUCGUCACCGGUGGUGCAGGUGGCCUGGGAAAAGCCAUCGCGACCAAGUACCUCGAAGCCGGCGCUAAUGUUGUGAUUUGCGAUAUCAAUGAAGACCGUCUGCAGCAGACCUCGGCCGAGCUAUCGACCAAGGGCCCUUUCAAGGCCAUCAAGACCGACAUUACCAGCCAAAGUGAAGUGGAGGCCCUCUUCGAGCAGAUCAUCCAGGAAUUCGGCAAGAUUGAUGUUCUUGUUAACAACGCUGGUAUCAUGGAUAGAUUUGAUGGCGCUGCCGACCUUGAUCCAGAGCUUUGGAACCGGGUCAUCGCUAUCAACCUGACAGCUCCCUUCUUAUUGAGCAAAUUGGCCGUUCGUAAUAUGCUGGAGCAGGAGAAGCCCCAGGGCCGUAUCAUCAAUAUUGUUUCCAUCGCUGGAAAGGCUGGAGGUGCUGCUGGCGCUGCUUAUACUGCUAGCAAGCAUGGUGUUGUUGGUUUGACCAAGAACACUGCUGCGUUCUAUGGCGACAAGGGCAUUCGCUGCAACGCUUUGAUGAUGGGUGCGAUGAACACCAACAUCGCUGACGCGAUGCGCUCCGGUUGCAAUAUGGAGGGUAUGAAGAGAUGUACCAGUGCUCUCCAAGCAAUUGGGCUCCCUUUCUGUGAUCUGGAAGACGCUGCCGAGCUGUCUUUGUACUUGGCCGGUGGCAAGGGAUUCGGCAUUGUGAAUGGAGGCUGUAUUUCCGCUGACAACGGCUGGUCCGCAAUGGUCGGUUAA